CACACACUUCGCCUCGCCAAACUUUCCCCUCGGCCUCCGCCCGCACUUCCACCACCGCUGCACCGCACCACACCUCGCAGAUGCCCCAGUAGGCUCCAAAAAUCCAAAGCCAUCUCUCCCCAGGCGGCCUCCCAUCCAUCUCCGGGAGAUGGCGGCCGGCACCGUGACGGCCCGAUCCAACGGCGAGGGCCACGGCCACGGCGGCGCGGGGUCCUGGUACCCGCAGCGCCGCCCGCACUACGGGUACGGCGGGGGGUCCGCCUCCUUCCGCGGCUGCUGCUGCUGCCUCUUCCUGCUGCUCACCUUCCUGGCGCUCCUCGCCCUGGCCAUCGCGCUCGUCGUCGUGCUCGUGGUGAAGCCCCGCAAGCCGCAGUUCGACCUCGACCAGGUGUCCGUGCAGUACCUCCUCGUGGCCUCGCCGACGUCCCCGGCCGGCCUGCCCCCCGCGACCCCGGGCGCCGCCUACAUCUCCCUCAACAUCACGCUGCUCUUCACCGCCCAGAACCCCAACAAGGUGGGCAUCCGGUACGGCGCCACCAAGUUCGACGUCAUGUACCACGGGGUGCCGCUCGGGGUGGCGGCGGUGCCCGGGUUCGAGCAGCCCGCGCACAGCACCCGCCUGCUCCAGACCCGCGUCAUUGUCGACCGCUUCAACGUGCUCCAGGCCGACGCGCAGGACCUCAUCCGCGACGCCGCGAUCAACGACCGCGUCGAGCUCCGCAUCACCGGCGACGUCGGCGCGAAGAUCCUCGUGCUCGGCUUCUCCUCCCCAAAAGUGCAGGUGUCGGUGGAUUGCGCAAUCGCCAUCAGCCCGAGGAGCCAGUCGCUGAAAUACAAGCAGUGUGGCGUGGACGGGAUAAGCGUGUAGUGUAGGAACCCCAAGCCGCCGCCGCCGCCGCAGAAGCUGUAUUGCAGUGGAGAAGUGGGUGGAUCUGUGCGUCGAUUCUAAUUUCCCUAAUUUGUGGGGUUUGAUUUCCUUCUUGUGCUUAGGUGGUAAAUUUUGAGCACUUACUUUUGGAGGAGGCCACUGAUUCUGUGAAUUAUUGCUGCUUGCAAUCAGCAAUCAGUAGGUAUCAGUAUGACCACGGUUAUACAUCCAUCGAUCGCCGUGAACAAUUGCUUAGGAGCUAAGGGAAGUGGUGGGCGUCGGUUCGUCUGUGGUUGUCUUGUUUCGUUUCGUUUCGGAGUUGUGGGUCUGCGCUGUCUGCCAUGUCCUUGUCUGGCGGCUAAUCUUGUUCACUUCAUCAGUUC